GAUGACAGCUGCAGCGGGGGGGAGAGGGGCAUUAGAAUAAUCUGCGGGGUACUACAGGUGAUCUGGCUGACGCUGCCACCUCUUACCCUGGUCACCUACUCUGUGGAUUACUCGGGAUCCCAUUUGCCCAAAAUCUGCAGCAGACGAGAUCCCAAGGUGAGCCAAUCAUGUGCUGGGGGCGUGUCCUCAUUGCCACAAUUAACCCUAUCUGUUUGCGGGUCUGAUCUGCCUGAGAGGCAGCUCUUGCAUGGGGAGGCCGUGCUGCUCAUUGCUGCUUUUCCCUCUUGACAGCCGGUCGGAGCGGGGAGACGGGGAUGGCUGCGGAGCGCUGCUAGAGCCGGCACAGUACUAAGGAAUAUAGUAGAACUCCGGAGCUGCGGUAUAUCACACUGCUACACUGCCCCUACACUGAGACCCCGACAAAGAGCCGGAGAUGUUACAUGUACGCUGCUCCGUGGCUUGUCUGCUGCUUCUCCUCCUCUGUCAGAUGGGUUUGAUUUCUGGAUAUAGACAGCAGCGGAAAUUAAUUGAAGAUAUAGAUUGGUCCUAUACAGAAAGCUUAAACCAAACAAAUUGGGUGAAAAAAUAUCCAGCAUGCAGUGGUGCCAAACAGUCUCCCAUCAACAUUGACGAGGGUCUCACACAGCUUAACUUAAAUCUGAAGAAACUAACAUUUGAAGGAUGGGAGCAAGUGUCUACUCAUACUUUAAUUCGCAAUACAGGAAAAACAGUGGAAAUUAAUUUGACAGGAGAUUAUUACCUUAGUGGCGGUGCCUUAGAUGCAGCACACAAAGCUAGCAAGAUAACAUUUCACUGGGGAAAAUGCAAUGCUACGUCAGAUGGCUCGGAGCACAGUCUGGAAGGACAGAAAUUCCCUUUGGAGAUGCAGAUCUUCUGCUUUAAUGAUAAGCAGUUUGACAGUUUGGAUGAUGCAAUAAAAGAAAAUGGAAAACUGAAAGCUUUAUCUGUUUUAUUUAAGAUUGGUCAAGAAAACAAGAAUUAUGAUGCAAUUAUCAAUGGAGUUGAUAAUGUUCAUCGGUUUGGUAAAAAGGCAGAAUUAGAGCCUUUCGUUUUGUUGGACCUCCUGCCAAGCUACAGAGACAAAUAUUAUACAUACAAUGGAUCACUAUCAUCUCCUCCAUGCUCAGAGACAGUAGAGUGGAUUGUAUUUAAGGACACAGUAACUAUAUCUGAGAGCCAGUUGGAAUAUUUCUGUGAAAUUCUCACGAUGCAGCAGUCUGGUUACGUUAUGGUGAGGGAUUAUUUGCAGAACAACUUCAGGCAGCAGCAAUACAAAUUCUCUGGACAAGUGUUCUCGUCCUAUACUGGUACAGAGGAAAUACAUGAAACAGUUUGCAGUUCAGAACCCGAUGAUGUCCAGGCGGAAUCACAGAACAGCACAAGCCUCCUAAUUACAUGGAAGAGACCACGGGUUGUAUAUGAUGCAGUGAUUGAGAGAUAUUUAGUUUAUUACCAACUUCUUCAAGGCGAAGACCAAUCAAAGCAUGAAUAUCUGACAGAUGGCUACCAGGACUUGGGUGCAAUUUUGUAUAACUUAGUGCCCAACGCAAGCUAUGUUCUUCAAGUUGUGGCAUUGUGUAGCAACAGCCUCUAUGGAAAACGCAGUGACCAGGUGGUUCUUGACUUGACAGUGGAUGAUCAAGGAAAUGACUUGUUUCUUGAUGUGACAGAAACAGAAGAGGAAAUAGAGGACAGUGAAGUAGACAUACAAGAAAAAGAAAGCAACUUUGAAAUACCUUUAAGCACUAAAAGCACUAAAAACCAAAUUCAGGGACAAGGAGCCCAAGCUACAACUUCUCCGUACACACAAGAGCAGGGUUCUCAGCCAUAUAAAGCUACACUAGAAUCUUGGACAGUGCAAUCACAUGUGCAACAGGACCGACUUAAAAAUUUGUUGUAUUCUACUUUAAAGUCUACAAUCAAAACUACAGAUGAUAUAAGUGCCAAUGCCCAUAAGGAUAGAGUGGGCACUAAUGAAGAUGAUGAAGAAGCACAAGACCAUAAGAGUAAAGAGCUAAAAAGUAGGAUUGAGUUGAGGAUGCUAAACAUUUCAGACACUACCAAAUCAUCUGCUCAGACAGAUGCUAUUAAUGAUCUUCCAAUGACUACUACAUCCUGGAAAAGGAGAAUUUUAUAUCCUAAUGAGAAACCUCUCCACGUUUCCAAUGACACCUCAUUCACUACUACAGCUAUUCUUACUGCAACAUCUAUUCAAGAAAAGACACCUCAGGAAGAUAACAUUUUCUCACAGUCUCCACCACCUCAUAUCACUGAAGAUGUAUUCCCUGACACUGAUGAAGUAUUUUUAAACACAACCCCUGAUGAGAAGUUUGAUGUAUUGAAGUCUACCUCACAACCUACUGUUUCCACAGAAGAAAAGAACCGUGUGAUUAGUCUGGUUGAUGCAAGUGAAACUAUAUCACCAUCACCAUCAUCUUCCAGCAUUGCAGAGCUGGCACCAUCUGCUUUUAUACCUGAAUUAGAGAAGGCAUACUUUUCGACUUCUACUUUUUCCCCACUUAAUACAUUUCAGUCUGUCUCUCCAGGCUUUGGACAACAUGGCUCUGCUUCUGCUGCAACUGUGGUACUCUCUCAGACAACACAGCCAAUAUCUAAUGGUGAGAUACCUCUUCAACCCUCAUACAGUAGUGAAGCUUUUCCUCUCGUUACUUCCUUGUUGUCUGGCACUCAGUUCCUGAAAGCUACCCCUGCCGCUUCAGAUAUUGGUCCGAUCCUGCAUGCCACACCUGUUUUUCCCAGUGUUGAUUUGUCAUUUGAACCUUCCCUGUCUGCCCAUGAUGACGUCCCCAUGCUUACAUUUUCCUCCACUUCUUCCACUAGUAAAAUGUUUUAUCAUCAUGCAGUUUCAGAAACGUUUUCAAAAGUCACUCAGACUGUUGCAACUGAUACACUUUCUGUGCAUGUUUCGUUGGCCUUGCCUGAAAUCAAUGCAUUAGAUCAGCCAAGCCAAACACAUUAUUCUGAUGUGAAACCACAUCAGACUGUUCAUGCUGCUUCUGAGAUGUUAACAUUUGCUAAUGAGGGUGACACCUUUAAUAAUGUUCAAUUGAUUUCUCAACUUGAAACUCCAAGCACUGAUUUAAAGCUGCAUGCACUUUCUGCGGUGUCUGAACUUGCUUUUGCUUUGUCUAAUCAUUUGGCUUCCACAGAAACUUUUGCUGUUUCUCCUGACUCUUCGGCCUUUGUGCAUGAUUCUCUUGGCUUAUUUCACCAGGGUACCUUAAUUACAAUGCUUAACACUGAACUGUAUCUUAACCCAAGUACUGUAAUGAUACAAGAUGUUUUACUUCAGCCUACACGCUCCGCACUUAGUGAUGGAGAUAAUUCAGAAACAUUCUCUGGUAGUGGGGAUUUUAUUGAUGUGAUAGAUGAUUUGAGAAGCCAUAACAAGUCCUCAGCUUCUGCAGUAGUUGGCGUUAAAUAUACCGCCACUGAGCUUAAUCAUAGUAACCCAAUCCCCACAGGUCAUAAAAUAGAUGACUUUGACACUGGACUGCAGACUACUACUACUUAUGGUGAAAUAGCUUCACGUACAGAACACAAAGUGAUGACAGAUCUAUCUUCAUCUGAUGUAUUUAGGGAAACUCAGUCUUCACCUGAAAUCCAACCAGUAUCUCUUCCCACUACUAGGAAUUUUGAGGCUGACAUUAAUGCAUUGUCAGAAAAUCUGCUACCUGUUCAGCCACUGAAUGCUGUAUCUACAACCUCUGGUGACAUAUUGCUUAAAGCUAAGCAUGCUGCAACCUCAAACACUGUUUCUGCUUUUACAGAUAUGCUUCUUUUGCCAACUCAGGAAUUCUUGUAUGAGACACCAGACAAAGCCAUUAUUGAGGCAUUUACACAAACAAUGUCACAGUUGCCUAAUACUAGCAUUGUGCCCAGUGUUGGAGUGCUGAAUAAAACAUCCAGUUCCCAUCACAUAGGCUCUAACGCUGGCUCUCUGCUGCUGCUGCUGCAUUCUUCUGUUGGUGCUAACACUGAGCCCUUGCUGCAUUCUUCAUAUGUUCCACCUGUUGGGCGCUCUUUGUCCCGAAGUUCUGUUCAGGCUACAUAUCAAGAGCAAACAAUGUCAGUCUUGCAUGAAAAUGUUGUUGCACCUCAUAUGAUCACUAAUGUAAAUUCUAAUGAAGUUGUAUCACUUUCAUAUGGUAAUGACAUAACUGUUCACCCUGUAAAUAUUGUGCCUUCCUUUUUGUCUGCAAGUCCUCAUACAGUUUCUACUCCAGUGUUGCCUGUCAGUACGUUAACACAGCAAGAAUCUACCGUAUAUCACCAUAUGCUGCCAUAUGCUUAUCCUACGCAUGGCAUUCCUGUUGUGUCUUUGCAAAAUACUAAAGGCAGUGUGUUACCCACCUCUGCACUUGAUACUGAAGCUAGAGAAUCUGUUCACCAUCCUGAUAUUUUACCAAAUGUAUAUGUUUUUGUUACAGCUGAUUCUCCAAACAGUGAGAGUCCUAGCACAUUAUCAAUGUUAACAGCUACAUCUCAAACACCAACUGAUGUGUUAUCUACCGUCAGCUUUGAUACCAAAACGGGUGCUUCUGUAGUGGAUGAUGGUUAUCUUGUAGCUAGAACAGAUUCCAUUUCACAUACAGAAACCCAGGAGAAUGUAGUAGCUGGUACUGAUAGAUAUGUACAAAGAGUGAUGGAGAACAGUAAUUUAAGUAUGAGUGAACCAAGCGAUCAACCAGAAGAAGGAAGUGCAUUAUCAGCCUCUGCAUUUGACAGCCAAACAAGCCCUGGUAUGGAAGAAAGAAGUCAGACAACACCUGCAAGCACUGAACCCAGGAAGAACAGUGACUCAGCUAUACUGGAAACUAACCUUCAGACUGAUAAUACUGCCUUGGAAACUACAUCUGAGACCAAUUCAUGGGCAGUGCUGACUAGUGAUGAAGAAAGUGGUUCUGGUCAAAGUACCUCAGAUAGUCUUAGUGAUAAUGAGACUUCUACAGAUUUUAACUUCUCUGACCUUAAUGACAGAGACAAAGACUCUGAGGUUGCAGUUGAACCAGGUAAAGCAGAUAUAACUCCUGGAUCUGAAAUGACAUCACCACCAUCUGUAACUAGUGACCGUUCAACAGUAGUCAACGUGUCUGAGGCAGAGUUUUUUAACCAAGAGGCAAGUAAUAGUAGCCAUGAAUCUCGUGUUGGUCUAGCAGAAGGUCUGGAAUCACAGGAGAAGACAAUUAUACCACUUGUGGUCGUGUCAUCCCUGACCUUUAUCUGUCUUGUGGUACUUGUGGGUAUUCUUAUAUACUGGCGGAAAUGCUUUCAGACUGCACACUUUUAUUUAGAAGAUAAUACAUCCCCAAGGGUUAUUUCCAGCCCCCCAGCACCGGUGUUUCCAGUUUCAGAUGAUAUUGGAGCAAUACCUUUGAAGCAGUUUCCGAAACAUGUGGCAGAGCUACAUGCAAGAAGUGGAUUUACUGAAGAGUUUGAGGAGAUUCAAAACUGCACGGCUGAUCUGGGUAUAACAUGUGAUAGUUCAAACCACCCAGAGAACAAAAAUAAGAACAGAUACAUAAACAUUGUUGCAUAUGAUCACAGCAGAGUUAAACUUGCACAACUGGGAGAGAAGGACGGCAAGGCAACUGAUUACAUUAAUGCAAAUUAUGUUGAUGGUUACAACAGGCCAAAAGCAUAUAUUGCAGCUCAAGGUCCCUUGAAGUCAACUGCAGAAGAUUUCUGGAGAAUGAUUUGGGAGCACAAUGUGGAAGUGAUUGUCAUGAUAACUAACCUUGUUGAGAAAGGAAGGAGGAAGUGUGACCAAUAUUGGCCAAGUGAUGGCAGCGACGAGUAUGACACAUUUUUGGUUACACAGAAAAGCGCCCAUGUCUUGGCCUAUUACACUGUGCGCACCUUUACACUUCAGAACACCAAGAUUAAGAAGGGCUCCCAGAAAGGGAGAAUGAAUGAGCGUGUAGUGACUCAGUAUCAUUAUACGCAAUGGCCUGAUAUGGGUGUUCCUGAAUACUCUCUUCCAGUCCUUACAUUUGUAAGAAAGGCUUCUACUGCAAAGUGUGCAACCAAUGGACCUGUUGUAGUGCACUGUAGUGCGGGUGUGGGAAGAACUGGAACAUAUAUUGUCCUGGAUAGUAUGCUGCAACAAAUUCAUCAAGAAGGGACUGUAAACAUAUUUGGCUUCCUAAAACACAUCCGGACCCAAAGAAAUUAUUUGGUUCAAACAGAGGAGCAGUACAUCUUCAUUCAUGAUGCUUUAGUUGAAGCUAUUCUGAGCAGAGAAACUGAGGUACCGGAGAAUCACAUUCAUGCAUAUGUUAAUGCUCUUCUAACAACGGGCCCAUCUGGAAAAACAAGACUUGAGACACAGUUCAAGUUGCUAAGCGAGUCCAAUAUCCUCCAAUGUGACUACUCUACAGCAUUAAAGGCGCAAAACAGGGAUAAAAAUAGGACCUCUUCCGUCAUUCCUGUUGAGAGGUCUAGAGUGGGACUGUCUUCACUGAUUGGAGAAGGAACCGAUUAUAUUAAUGCUUCAUACAUACUGGGCUACCACGAAAGCAAUGAAUUUAUAAUUACACAGCAUCCAUUACUGCACACCAUUAAAGAUUUCUGGAGGAUGAUCUGGGAUCACAAUUCACAGAUUAUUGUAAUGCUUCCUGAUAACCAGAACAUGGCUGAAGAUGAAUUUGUCUACUGGCCAAACAAAGAUGAACCUAUUACCUGUGGAAAUUUUACAGUAUCUAUGGUAGGGGAAGACCAUGUGUGUCUUUCUAAUGAGGAAAGGCUGAUAAUCCAAGAUUUUAUUUUAGAAGCUACACAGGAUGAUUAUGUCCUGGAAGUGAAGCAUUUCCAAUGUCCCAAGUGGCCAAACCCUGACAGUCGAAUGAGUAAGACGUUUGAACUUAUAAAUCUGAUCAAAGAGGAAGCAGCCAAUAAAGAUGGGCCAAUCGUUGUACAUGAUGAAUAUGGAGGGGUGACAGCUGGCACAUUCUGUGUAUUGUCCACCCUCAUGCACCAGCUGGAGAAAGAAAAUUCUGUUGAUGUUUAUCAGACUACCAAAAUGAUUAAUCUGAUGCGACCCGGGAUUUUCACAGAUAUAGAGCAGUAUCAGUUCUUAUAUAAGGCUAUUCUAAGUCUUGUAAGCACAAGGCAAGAAGAAUGCCCAGCGGCAUAUAUGGAGAGUAAUGGAUCAACUUUACCAGAUGGAAAUACUUUAGAAAGCCUAGAAUCCUUAGUAUAAUUUUGAGGACGCUACCAUAUCAUUGUUCAACAUGUUUAACAUUGUGGAAGGAUCUUGUCAAAUAUUAUGUACCUGUUUAAAAUUCUUCCAGCACUAUUUUUGUAUUGAGUGACUAUUGCCUAAUAUUCACAAUUAAUAAUUUGUGCCUUUUGGGACAUUUUGUAAUUCAUUAUGAUUAACUUAACUGAUUAUUCAAGUGUUUUUAUGAAUAAAGCGGUGUUAUAUUUACUCAGUAUUAGUUUACCACUAGCACAAUUUUAAACUUUGAAUUAUUCAUUUAUAGUUGUAUGUUUUUACAGUGUGUUUUGCUAGCACUUUGUAGUUGUUUGUAGAUGUUUUGUUAUUGGACUGUAAAUGGUAUUCUUCUUAGAAAAAAAUUUCAUUAAAAAAUAAGAAACCAUGCCGACCUAAGGAAGUAAUAAUCUAAUAAUUACUGUAAAUACUAUUCUAGUGACUCCAUGGACCAAAUUUAUAUUUAUAAAUGUAGAUUUUUUUAUAUUUUAUUACAGAGUCCAUUUUCUAGUAUCUACAUUGUAACAAUGAUACUUCAUUUGUUUUUAUGUUAACUAAACGUCCUGAAUUAUUCAUGUGUAUUCUUAUAAAAUAACAG